AUGCCAGACGACGAUCUGAUUGACAAGCUGCUAGCUCAGCUACCCGCGCCAUACCCACUCUCAACCGGGCGCAGCAGCAAUGAGACGUCACGCACGUCGGUCAGGAGGGAGGGAACCGAGCCAGGUGAAAUCGCGUCCACCCCCACCUCCAGCAGUUCGCCGUUGGAUGGCAGUCGAAAAGGGCCAAUGGCCAUUCGCCCUGCGCCCGGAAAGGUUGGCGUCGUUAAAGAGCUACCUGGCAUCAAAAAUCCCUUGUCUUCUCUCCUCCAUUCACAGGUGCCGGCCGGUCCAAAACUCAUGCCGGGAUCACCUCAGGAUCGGUUUAAGAACUCUGUUCUGGCCAAUCCUUUGAUGGGUACAAAGUCUCCACGUGCCCCGGGCGGCUGGGGCGGCUCUCAGCCAGUGUUCCGAUCCCAUGCUGGCCAUACCUUCUUCUCACAGAGUCAGGAGCGUGUGAAGGGCGAUGUGCAGGGGGGCUUUGGGGGAUUGCAAGCCCCCAGCAAGGCAAAGACAAAGGUAGCCACUGCAACCGUGGCUAAACCUUCUGUUGGAUCCUCUGAGCACGCGAAUGACCAGACGCUCCAAACCCGCAGCACCAGCGCGAGCCGCCCCUCUACCAACGUCCCCUUUGGUAACGUUCCAAGGGGACCGAAGAAGGACCAGCCCCAGGCUUUGUUAGCGCCAGAGGCUUCAAGCUCCUAUGAUGUAAACGCUAAGAAGAAACUGUCAUUGAGAUGUCAGUCGCUUGGGUUUAACCCUGAAUGGGUUUUGUGUGCAAAUGUGGGCGGCAAGUGCAGUUUCAACGUCAAGCUCCGAGACGCCAUGGUCGAAUCUGACGGUUUAUAUGUUGGAGAGCAAAUGGCAAAGGCGGUUGUUGCAGAUAAGGCACUGAGGGACUCGGAGCUUUGGAGAAAACUGGAGCGCUGGUCCCGUCCACCAGCGUCUUCCAAGGCUUCUGCGACCAGCCAUGCCAAUGGUUUCUCGGCCACGUCAACAAGCAACUCUCGCCAGAACAAAUCUCGUCAGCACAACUCUCGUCAAAACGUGUCCUUAGUCAAACGAGAGCCAGGCAUCUUGGAUGUUGCUGUGAGCCGCACCACCGAGGAGGGUGAGCGGCUCAAGCUUCUGAUCAUGCUUCAGAAAUACAUCGGACCCUCGGUUCCCAACUAUACCGAUCGUCCUGAUGUUUGCAAAGCCUUUUUUGAGGGACUAGCCAUGGGGGCUCGUCUUACAGGGCCUUCCCAAAGCCCUUCCGAGCACAUUCAGAAAGACCGCGCCAGAUCACGCUCCCCUCCAACCCGCCACUCUAACAUUUCUGCUAGCUACCGGGCCCGUUCACCUCUUGGAGUACGUGGAAGGCUCACUCCGCCGCCGGUCUAUUUUCAACACCCGGGCCGACCUGACUCAAGUUACUACAGGCCGUGCAAUACGCCCCGUCGCGAGCCCCCUCGCGGACCAUCUGGUGAUUCCAGGGGAUACAUGGCUGUCAAGAAGGAGUAG